UCCCGAGAUGGUCCACGCUAUGAUCGACAGUCUUAACAUGGAACAGGUAAAAAUCGAAUCCUUGAAAACUACUCUCAUCAGAAAGAGGAUGAAAGUUCCCAUCUUUGGUCCGACAAGCGGUGGUAAAAGUAUGGUUAUCAACGCCAUGGUAGGAAAGGAGUUGCUGCCCAGUAGUAUGGGACAUACCACCAAUUGCUUCCUUCAGAUCGAGGAGGCCCGCGAUGAUGACGCUGCAUGUGAUCCAAACGUCCCUCGUGAGGGGGCUCGGCUGCCAAGCUUUUCUGAGGUUGGGUCACACUUCAUCAUCAGGAGGAGUCAGUUCGCUACAGAGUCAACAACCAAUGCUGCGAUGUCUUACGAGGAGAAUUCUAUAAUACCCCUUGACAUUCCGCUUCUACAUGACUUAUCGGACGCAAAAGCGGAUCAACCCCUUGACAUAUGCCGCUACGUAGAGAUUUUCUUGGCGAAGGACGACCACAAGUGUCCUUUGCUUACACACUUUCUUCAGAUUCUCGAUUGUCCCGGGAUAAGCAUGUGUCGCGAGAUGGGAGAUAAGGUAAAAGCUUUCUGUGAAGAUGCUGACGUACAUGUCUUGAUAGUCAACACUAUGUCUGGCAUAUCAGCCGAGACAAAGGAACACUUCUUGAAAGUAAAAGAGCGUCUGCCAAACCCUGAUAUCAUCAUCGGCUUCACGGUGUGGGACAUGGUAGACAAUGAACGGCCAGAAAGAAAAGAAAAAGUGAAGCGGGGACACCUCACAGAUGCCUUUGGGCUUCUAAAAUCGACUGGUACAGUCUCUACAAUGGAAGAAGCAAAGGAGAGGUGUUUCUUUAUAUCUGGAAGAGAGGCACUCAGUGAUGCCCUUGGAGAACAAAGUAUAUAUUCCAUGUCACUUUUAUAA